AUGCCAAAAAAAUUAAUCAUAAUUUCUCAUGGCGUUGCUGGCUCUGCAAACUCUUGCUGGAUUCAAUGGAUUAAAAGUUUGUUAACUAGUGGAAACACUGAAGUUAUAACUCCAUCAUAUCCAAAUGCAUCAGAUCCUGAAUAUCCUGUAUGGAAAGAUGUCUUUAAUGAGAUAUUAGCAAAUCAUGAAUAUGAUGAAUUGCUUGUUAUUGGACAUUCUCUUGGUGGAUUCUUCACGUUAAAAAUCUUAGGUGAUUUUCUAUUUGAGAAUCCAAAACUGAAAGGAGUAGUCCUUGUUGCCCCAACUUCUAUCACAAAUCCACAAUGGAGAAGAUUUUACGCUGAAGUCAUCAAUUGGGAUAAUAUAAGAAAAGUACACAGUCCAAUCAAGCUUUUAUUCAGUAACGGUGAUUCAAAAAUAUCAGUUGACCAUAUUAAACUUAUUCAAUCAGAGCUCAGAGAUAAUACCAAUUUCGAAUUCAGAAACUUUCAAAAUCUUGAUCAUUUUAUGGAAGAGGAGUCAAAUGAGGUUCUUGAUGCUGCAAAAAGCAUUCUAAAUUAA